AUGUCCCAUUCUGGGCCCUCUCUAGUCCUAUUGGUCAUUGCGUGGGUCCCUUUGGCCCUCAGCCAGGGCCAAUCUGCCGGCAUCCAAGAGCAGCUGAUCCUCAAUAAUUUAUUGGCCAACUAUGAUAUGCGUGUCCGCCCACCGCCCACCAAUGCGUCAGACCCAAAUGGCCCAGUGGUAGUCCGAGUGAAUAUCCUGAUCCGGAUGCUGUCCAAGAUUGACGUCGUCAAUAUGGAAUACAGUAUGCAAAUCACGUUCCGCGAGGAGUGGAUGGAUCGUCGGCUGGCCUACGCGCAUCUCGGCUACCAGAAUGCCCCCAAAUUCCUUACAGUACCCCACGUCAAGGACAAUUUGUGGAUUCCGGACAGCUUCUUUCCGACUGAAAAAGCCGCUCAUCGCCAUCUGAUCGACACCGAAAAUAUGUUUCUACGAAUUCAUGCAGACGGGACGAUUCUAUACAGCGUGCGCUUGUCCCUGACGCUGUCAUGCAGCAUGAAUCUUCAAUUGUACCCCCUCGACACGCAGCAGUGCAAUUUUGACUUGAUCAGCUACGCGCACACGACAAAGGAUAUCGACUACGAAUGGGACAAGCGCGUCCCGCAGCCCGUCCAGAAAAAGCCGGGCGUUGGAGAUGAUCUGCCGAAUUUUAUGCUAAUGGACCCGAUCAAUAUCAACAACGAUUGCACAAGCCAUACGAAUACUGGCUCUUACGCCUGUCUACGCAUGGAGCUACGACUUAAACGACAGUUCAGUUACUACUUUCUACAACUGUACUUCCCAACGUCGAUGAUCGUCGCCGUGUCUUGGGUCUCAUUUUGGAUCGAUAUGCAUUCUACGGCAGGUCGGGUGGCACUGGGCGUCACUACGCUACUGACCAUGACGACGAUGCAAUCCGCCAUUAAUGCAAAGCUGCCGCCGGUAUCCUAUGUAAAGCUGGUCGAUGCGUGGCUUGGAGCUUGCCAAAUGUUCGUGUUCGGCGCAUUAAUGGAGUACGCAGUCGUGUCGUAUCAGGAUAGCAGCAGACAAGCUGAGCGCAAGCGCAUCCAGGCCAUCCGUAAGAACCAAAAACGAGGCCGCGAGAUCGAAAACCCGGGCUACCAACCCCCGUGCACCUGUCAUUUGAUCGCCGACUCGGAGCCUCAACCUCUACGCGCCCGCAUCCGCAAAUGGUUCACGAAACCCGACUACUUUCCGGCAAAAAUCGACUACUACUGUCGCUUCUGGGUCCCGGUUGGAUUUCUCGGAUUUAUGGCUUGCUACUGGGCGAUUUGCACGUAUUUGACGGCAAAUGCCACGACGAAUGGA